UUAGCGUCUCUGCUGCUACGCUCUUCACUACGUUGAGCUCCACUUUUAAUACGAGAAAUAUGAGCUAGUUUACUGAAGUCUGGGCCGGGUUUUCAGCCUCAGGAGAGAUUUAGUUUAGUUAUCGGGUCAUAUUAAAGUAUAGAGGUCUGUGUGUUAGUGGAGCCGCGCUGUGAUCAUGCGGUUGGUGUGUGUAGCUGCUGUGUGCGCGGCUGCGCUGCUGUGUGUGGGGGGCAGCGAGGUGCUGGAGCUGGGAGACGCGGAUUUCCAGGUCGGGCUUGAGGAACACGACACGCUGCUGGUGGAGUUUUUCGCCCCUUGGUGUGGUCACUGUCAGAGGUUAGCCCCUGAAUAUGAAGCUGCUGCCACCAGGUUAAAGGGGACAGUAUCCCUAGCGAAGGUUGACUGCACUGUUAACUCUAAGACAUGUGAAACGUUUGUGGUAAAUGGAUAUCCCACUCUGAAAAUCUUCCAAAACGGAGAGGAAGCCUCUUCAUAUGAUGGCCCACGGACAGCUGAUGGAAUUGUGAGCUAUAUGAAGAAGCAGGCUGGACCGAGCUCUGUACCUCUGCACAGCGAGGCUGACUUGGACUCUUUUAUAAACACUUUUGAUGCCAGCGUAGUGGGCUUUUUCUCAGGGCCUGACAGUCUGCAGCUUGCUGAGUUUCUGAAGGCCUCCAGUGCGCUGAGGGACAGCUAUCGAUUUGCCCAUGCCACAGAUCUGAAAAUAGGGCUAAAACAUGGUGUUAAUUCAGAGUCUGUCCUGCUGUUUCGGCCUCCACACUUGAACAGCAAAUUUGAGGAGAGUGUUGUGAAGUUUACUGAAUCUGUAUCGACCGCUGCACUCCGCACGUUCAUCAGAGACAACAUUUUUGGAUUGUGUCCUCAUCUGACUUCUGAGAACAAAGAAGUCUUAUGGGCGAGAGACCUGCUUACUGCGUAUUAUGAUGUUGAUUAUGUGCGAAAUCCAAAGGGAACCAAUUACUGGAGGAACAGGGUGAUGAAGGUGGCAACUCAGUUCCAGUCGCGUGGGCUGAGUUUUGCUGUGGCAGAUCAGGUAGACUUCCUGGACGAGCUGGAGGAGGAGUUUGGGCUGGGGCUUUCUGGAGGAGAGCUGCCUGUCAUCACCAUCAGGACCAGAGCAGGACAAAAGUACACCAUGCAGGAGGAGUUCACGAGAGAUGGUAAAUCCCUGGAGAAGUUCCUAGAGGAUUAUUUUGCCAAACGGUUAAAGCCUUACGUCAAAUCGGAGGCUGCCCCCGAGUCAAACGGUGGUCCUGUCAAAGUUGUUGUAGCAAACACAUUUGAGGAGAUUGUAAACAACCCAGAGAAAGAUGUGCUGGUGGAGUUUUAUGCUCCGUGGUGCGGUCACUGUAAAAAUUUAGAGCCUAAAUAUACUGAGCUUGGAAAGAAGCUGUCUAGUGAUCCCAACAUAGUCAUUGCUAAGAUGGAUGCCACAGCCAAUGAUGUUCCUUUAGACUACGACGUACAAGGCUUUCCAACAAUUUACUUUGCACCUGCUGGACAAAAAGACCAACCAAGACGUUAUGAGGGUGGGCGUGAGGUUAGUGACUUCAUCAGCUUCUUGAAAAAAGAGGCUACACAUCCGCUGGUCUUAAGCACUUCAAGAGAUGACCUCUGAAUUUGACACAACUACAAAAACAAGAAGAGUUCAGGUGCUGGAGAUACAAUAGUGAAUGUGCUGUGCAUUGGGCUCUGUGAACUGAGUGCCUGCUCCAAGCGUAUUGUGGCCUGAAACAAGCACUGCUUAUAGUAGUUUCCAGAGUUGUGAACUCAACUCACGUAACUUCCAUCUCAAGUCACAAAUUUGAUGACUUUUUGAUUCGACUCGACAGAAUAAAAAAUGCAAAUAGACUUUAACUUUACCUUCACUGACUUAAACUUGGAAUCAGACUGACUGGAAGGCUUUAAGACUUGAAAAGACUUGGAACUGUUGUACUGAUGUUGUAUUAAUGGUGCAGUAUCACUGUAAGGGCGUCCUUACAAUAGAUGUGCCUGAACAUUUUAAGCGCUGAAAUGAAUUCAUACUAGAUAAUUUAUUUAUAUUAAAGCUAUUAUGGUUAGGCAAGCUUAUAGCAUUACAUGGGGACUAUCUUAAUAAGCUUAGCCUGUUGAUCCAUAUCUCAUCCAUCACCCACACAAAAGUUUCUUAUAAGAAGACUACUCCAAGUUAAAAUAUGUUUCAUGUCAUUUUUGCAUUUCACAUUAUUUUUAAGUCACAGGUCAUAUAUGGUUUGUUUUGAUAUUAUGUUAUUGUAAUAAUAUACAUCCCUGCAUAGGGGCACAAACUAACUGAUCAAAACAUAUAUGUUGUUUAUUUUUGUUUAAAUACAUACAAAAAAGACUUUUAAAAUAUUUAUAGAUGAUAAUUUUAUAAUAUAAAUCAGCUGUGAAUCAGCUAUUCAUUUUGGAAUUGCAGUUGAAAUUGAAAACAUUGGCUGGGAUUGUGAAGCAGCAGAGGUCAAAAGUACUGGUGCCUUUCACUAUUUCUUCCAAAGUGAAAAGUAUUAAGAGUUUAUGCUGCUUUUAUAAGAGUUACUGUCACUACUGUCCAGGACAGGCACUAAAUGCAUCAGGAACUAUAUGUGUAUGUUUUAAGAUGACAUUUUAGGCAUUAAGAACUUUGAUAAAUCCUCAAGAAAUGUUUACAGUGCGUUUCUCAAACCUGAUUUUUUAACAGGCCAAUUCUGAUCACAUGUAAGGUCCCUUUGAAAAAAAUGUGUGUUUAAGAGGAAUGUUAUGUUUAAAAUUGUGUUUAACAAAAAUAUUUUAAUUCAUUGGGUAUAAGAUUAAAAUAUAAGAUUAAAUGGUUGGGUAUUAUAUCACAUCAUUGUAAAUUGUAAACACAAUUCAGAUUUCUCCACAUAAAACACCUUUGUAUUUAUGUUUUAAGACAUUAAACAUUGUGCCACUG